AUGAAUAUCACCGUUGCUAUUAUUAUCCUUUUCAGCCUUCUGCAUCUGGUUGACAUUCAAGCUGCACCAUCCAUUAGAAAAAAUUAUUUCGCGUUUGAUCCAUUUGAUGAUUCGACGGAUGCCGAUUUCUUAACCUUUAAUGGGGAUUCAACCAGUUUGCAAGGAGUCCUUCAUGUAACUGCAAACAAAAUCAAGGAACCCGAAAAGCUCAUUAACAUGUCCGGCCGAGUUAUGUAUUCAGAGCCCUUCAAGCUGUGGUCGUCCGAAGACAGCAACCCUACCUCCUUCAAAUCAAGUUUUGUCAUAAACCUUGAGAAAGUGCCGAGGUGGAAUCCUGCGGAAGGUCUUGCCUUUGUUAUAGCCCCGGAUGCCUCGAUGCCUACAGAAAGUUUUGGGGGAUAUCUUGGCCUCACCAAUGCUGCCACCAAUGGAAACCAGAGUAACCGGAUCGUGGCUAUAGAAUUUGAUACAGAAAAGCAAGACUACGAUCCUGAUGACAACCAUAUUGGCCUUAACAUCAACUCUGUUAUAUCAAACAAGACUGUCUCUCUUGAUGUUCAUAAUAUCACUUUGUCUCCAGAAACAAGCACCAAUUACCAAGUAUGGGUCCACUAUAAUGGCACGACCAAGCUAAUGGAGGUUUACAUGGAGAGACAAGGGGUAAGAAAGCCUGAAGAACCUCUUCUCAGAGAGACCAUAAACCUGAAAAACUAUGUGAGUCAACAAUCUUACUUUGGGUUUGCUGCUUCUACAGGUAAUUAUCCACAUAUUCAGAAGAAUUGUGUCAUAGAAUGGAGCUUAGAGAUAGAUGCUCUAAACAAGGAAAGUGAUUUGAUUUGGUUGAAGAUAGGUCUGGGGGUAGGAGUCCCCGCAGGUGUGAUAUUGUUGGUUCUAUGCGGUGUUCUAUAUGUGAACAAGCGAAGAAGAAGAAGAAGAAGAAGAAGUGAUGAGAAGUCAGACGUUUUUGAUAAAAGCUUGAGAUGGUUGCCUGGGAUGCCCAAGGAAUUCAAGUAUAAGGAUGUAAAGAAGGCUACCAACAACUUCCAUGAGAGUAUGAGGCUGGGUGAAGGUGGGUUUGGUAUUGUUUACAAAGGAAUUCUGAAUAUAGAAAAUGAUACUACUGCAACUGAAAUAGCUGUAAAGCAAUUCUCCAGAGACAAAAUCAAAAGCAAAGAUGAUUUCUUGGCUGAAAUCACCAUCAUACACCGCCUUCGCCAUAAACAUCUUGUUCGCUUAAUUGGGUGGUGCUAUGAAAAGGGAAAGCUACUAUUGUUGUACGACUUUAUGCCAAAUGGUAGUCUUGACACACACCUAUAUGAGGCUUCCAACCAGAACACUUUGAAUUGGGAACGUCGAUACAAGAUACUAGCAGAUGUAGCAUCAGCAUUGCGUUAUUUACACAAUGAGUAUGACCAGAAGGUUGUGCACCGGGACCUCAAAGCCAGCAACAUCUUGCUCGACUCCGACUACAAUGCUCGCCUGAGCGACUUUGGCCUUGCUCGAGCCUUAGACAAUGGACGGAACUCUUAUGCCGAACUAGGAUUACCUGGAGUUGCCGGCACCAUGGGCUAUGUUGCUCCGGAGUGCUUCCACACAGGAAAAGCCACACCAGAAUCUGAUGUGUUUGGUUUUGGUGCAGUUGUACUAGAGGUAGUGUGUGGCAGAAGUCCCGGGACCGGGAUCGAUCACCAUCAACGCUUCUAUUCCUUGGUUGAUUGGGUUUGGCUGUUGCAUCGUGAAGGAAACAUUCAAGAAGCUGUAGAUGAGAGGCUCCGCAAUGAGUAUGUGGUUGAUGAAGCAGAGAGGCUUUUAGUUUUGGGACUCGCAUGUUCACAUCCCAUUGCCAGUGAGAGGCCUCAGGCACAGGCUAUAUGCCAGAUUAUAGGUGGAACUAUGUCGGCCCCUCAUGUGCCUCCAUUCAAACCAUUCUUCACAUGGCCUUCGAUGGAUGCUUCCUUCCGCACCGCUGAGGGUACAGUUUCUACCACAAUAUUGUCUUCCAAUGGUUGUUCUGUUAACGUUACUGCAGAAGGCUUCAGCUCAUCCCCGAGUUCAUGUCUUUAAUUAAGCUC